AUGUCGACGACUAGAAACAUCGAUGGCGAGAAAGUCUUGCCCGGUUACCGCGGUGAGUGGCUUUCCACGUGAUUCAAGUGGAUGCUUGAUCAGCCGAGACAAAGGUCCGAAAACCUUCAAGACUGCUGCACAAAGGCAAAUGCGCCACUGCUUUGCCAGGUCAGGAAUGUCUGCAACGCAUCUCAGGCCACACGUCUGCGCCGGCCGGCUGAUAGCGGGGAGCGUCGUGGCUCGCUGGCGUGAUCCGGUAGUGUCAUGUGCGGCUCACAUCUAGUUUCGCUAUUUUUCAUUCGCUGUCGCAGGUAACCUGGAUGCUGACCAACAACGUGCACUGAGAGAAAUCUGGCGCCGCUUCUUUGAGCUGUACGAGAAGAACACAGUGAGCAGUCCGCAGCAGCUGUGUUUGCGCUUGUGAAUCGCCCACUGACUGCAGCUUCUUCAAACGAUCCAUCGUGAUGAAAGGAACGCUCUGCUGAGCUCGAGAAGAAGGGUGGUCCCAACGCAGCCAAGAACAACAAGGCAGCUGCUCCUCCCGCAGAUGAGAAGUCUGCAGGCAAGGACAUCCCAAAAGAUGACAAGGCCAAGGAAGAGGCCAAAAAAAUGGAGGAGAUGAAGGUGAGGAUUUUAGCGAGGUGCGCAGACGACUCAGAGACGCAGCGCUGACCAUGGUGGCCAUUUGGCAUUGCACCGCUCGCAGGAAAUGAACCAGUUCCUGGACAGUAAGUACCCCUCGUUCUCACCAGCGAGAGUCUGCAAGCUCACACGCUAUUGUAUUCCCGCAGCUUACGGAGGUCCCUACUUGAGACGAGCUCUUUGGGAAUUCACAAAGGUGAGCGCCAGCGCUAAGCGUGACUCCGUGAGCCGCUGCUAAGUCUUGCUUUCGCCCCUGGGCAUUUAGCACGACAACCCGGACAGCGGCAUGCUUCGAUUUUUGCGUGCGAGAAAGUGGGAUGUCGACCGUGCGCUUGCCAUGCUUGCAGCCGCUCUCAAGUUCCGCUUCGAGAAGGACGUCGAAGGCAUCGUGAUGAAGGGAGAACAGGGCCUCGAGGCUGUUCCUGGUUUCUUGAACCGUGAGUCGCUACGUGCAACGGCUGGCGAGCGCGCAGGGAUCUGAUUACGCCUCGCUUUUGCGCACUAACGCAGAGUUCCGUCGAGGUAUCUCCUACAUCAAGGGCAACAGUGAUGGUGGUCCAGACCACCCCGGAGAGCACCCCGUCUACUUCAUGUGAGCCGCGAGAAAAGUCUCUCACGCAAAGCCUGCCGCUGACUUUGCACGAAUUUACUCAAUGUCCAUUGUACCCAUAGCCACGUCGCUCGCCACUUUACCAGCGCUCAGAAGCACGAGGUGCUUCAACAGUUCGUCCUGCUUGCAAUGGAGAACGCUCGUCAAUUGACCACUCCUCCUUACGAGAAGGCUGUGGUCAUUUUCGAUAUGGGUGGCUUCGGUCUGAAGAACAUGGACUGGCAAUGUGUGCUUUUCCUGGUGAAAUGUCUUGAAGCCUAGUGAGUCUUAACUCUCGCCGCAGGGAAUUGCAGCAGUCGGCUAAUCGCGAAUGACGUUUUGCCAGCUAUCCGGAGUCCCUGCAGCGUAUUUACGUGCACUCCGCUCCCUGGAUCUUCAAAGGUAUCUGGCAGGUUCUUCAGCCCAUGCUGGACCCAGUCGUCCGUGACAAGAUCAAAUUCUCGAGCAAGGCACCAGAGCUUUCUGACUAUGCAUCGACAGCCAAGCUGCGCAAGGGCAUGGGCGGAACAAUGGACUGGGACUGGGACUACAUCGAGCCGGACCCUCGCGAGAACGAUCUCCUAAAGGACACCAAGACUCAAAAGGCCAUGCAAGACGAGUACGAUGAUCUUGCCAAGCAAUUUGAGGAGGCGACGCGCGAGUGGUAUCAGCAAAGCGACAACGAUGACGAGGUUCCGGAGCUCACCCAUCGCCGAAUCGUUCUCACCAAGCAAUUGAGACUCAAGGCUCUUCAGAUGAACAAGUACUGCAGAGCUCGCAACGUGUACCAGCGCGCCGGGAUUCUUCACGAUGAUGGAUCUUUCGACUGGGAGUAUCCUCAGGUUGAUGGUGAGACCAUCAAGCAAAAAUGUGGAGAGCGUCACAGCAUUCCGGCGCUCAAGAAGUGGCUGGAAGAGAACGGUGAAGACACGCUCGAGGACUCUGUCGCCGGCCGUCUCGGCUUCUGCGGCACCGAGGUCGAUGGCGGUAGCAGCAGCCGCAGCGUGAAGAGCGGCAAGAGCGGCAAGAGCAAGAAGGGCGCUGAAGCUGCUGGUGGUGCAGCUGCAGGCGCGGCUGCAGGCGCGGCAGCUGCCAAGGCCUCGACGAAGAAGCCAGCACCCAAGGAGACCGAGGCUGAAGCGGAGCCAGAACAAGCUCGUCCCGCUCCUUCUCGUCAACCCUCUCAACCCAGUCGCCAGCCGGACCGCACCGAGACUCCCACAGAAAAUGGUCGUCAGCAGCAACAGCAGCCACGCGAAGAGCAGAGCUACACUGGCGCGGCACUCGGUGCUGUGGGCGGUGCCGCCGCAGCCGCUACGGCAGCCGUGGGCGGUGCCGCUGCCUACGUCACUGGCCGUGGAGACGACACUAACGGCCAACAGCAGCAGCAGCAGACGCAGCGUCGCAAUGGCAAUGCACCUGAAGAGGAUCGCUAUGACGACGAUGGCCAGGCAGAAGAAGAGGAGGAUGAGGAAGACUUUCAAGAUGACGAAGGAAGCGAUUACAGCGACGAGUCCAUCACACCCGAGACAGCUGUCUUGCCUACGCACAUCCCAAGAAAGUCGCUCACAUCCAGUCAGGUCAAGAUCGACGACAAUGACUGUCGCGAGGAUCUUGCCAUCGUUCGUGAGGCCAUGUCGCUAUUCUUGAACUCUCGCAUGAAAGAGGCUGAGGACCUCUGCAUCAAAGAUGCCGAGACGCGCCUUUACAAGGCGGUCGGCAUGUCGCUGAUCAAUACGGUUAAGGCCAUCAUGACCUUCGAGCCUACGGACUUCGAAAGUGCGAUCUUGUGCUGCAAGCAUUCCAUGAACAUCGCCUCCCUUCUGCGCAAGAAGCAAGGUACCAUCGGCAAGCUGACGGGCUCAAGCAAGCAGACCAACUACCGCUCCAUGACCCUCGUCCAGCAACACGCUGAGCUUGUUUUCGCAGAGUCUCAACUGCUCAAGGCUGUUCUUGGUAUCUUCUACGCAGGUGAUGGUAUUGCGUUCAUCAAAAACGCCUUUGGCCUCCGCAACUCCUAUUUCCUCAUUCGCGAGCUGUUCAAGUUUGUGGAGUACUGCGAUGGCGAGGCUGAAGAGGCUCAAAUUCAUGGUCGCAGACCUACGACCGCCGUCGAUCAAGACUUCAGGUCGGGCGUUUACAUGACCAAUGCAACUUGCUCCCUCAUCCUUUCCAUGCUCCCCGACAAAGCCCUCAAGAUGAUGGAGGGACUCGGCUUCACGGGCGAUCGUCGCUUCGCCCUCGACCUUUACUCUCGUGCAGGUGGAUGGACCAAGUCUCGUCCCCUUCCUACUAUUUCUGCCGACGAGGAGGGUGUCCGUCGCCCACUGUGCGACAUUGCUAUGCUGGUCUACCAUCUCGUCAUCUCGUCGUACAUCCCCAUCACAGACGUCGACUUUGAGUUUGCCGACAAGGUGCUGAGCUGGAACUUGGUACGCUACCCCAACGGAAUCUUCUUCCUCUACUUCUCCGCGCGUCUGUACGCGGCGCAAGCCCUGCCAGAGAAGGCCAUCGAGUACUUCCGUAACGCUAUCGAGUCUCAGCGCGAGUACAAGCAGCUGCACCACCUCUGCUUCUGGGACCUGUCUUUGACCUACCUGGCCACUUGCGACUUUGCUCGCUGCUUCGAGUGCCAAGACGUGCUUUCGCGCGAGUCCAACUGGUCGAAGGCCAUCUACCAGUACGCAAAAGCAGUCAUGCUCUACGAGUCCGGCAUGGAUGACCGCGCCAAGAGCGCUACGAUUAUGCGCACGGUCGCCAAGCUCACCAAAAAGGUGGCCGGACGUCAAAUUCCGUUUGAGCGUUUCUGCUCGAUGAAGGCGCGCAAGUAUGUCGCCCAGAACAACCGCUUGCCUCUGGCUGGUAUCGAGUUCUCGUAUCUCUGGCACUGCAUUGGACAGACUCCUGUCUUCUUGCUCGUUGAGAACACUCUCAGCCGUAUCGACUCGGAGAUCGACGACCUCGAGAGCUACGCUGAUCCCCGCGCGUACGGCAAUGGCGAGAAUGAGUACUGGUCAGCAUACUGCUUGGCCUUCUUCUUGCGCGGUGUUGCCCUCAAGAAUGUCGCGUUCCCCGAACCCCACACGCUGGUGCGAUUGCCCUCCGAGGACUCCAUUGGCCCUCUGGAAGAGAUCACGCAAGAUGCGGUGCAAUCGUUCGAGAAGGUCAUCGAAAACUCCGGCAAGCUUGACGAGACCGAUAGGUACCUGUGCUACUUCGCUCACUACGAGCUUGGCCGCCUUCUGGCCUGCAUGGGCAAGGAGGAAGCAGCAAAGAAGGAGAUCAAGAAGGUUCUCUCCGGCAAGCCACUCGAGGCUAAGGGCAAGGGCGGUUUGAACCCGAAGGCAAGCUACCUUCUGUCCAACAUGUGCAUGGUUCGUGCACACGCUGCGCUGGAGACCAUGCGCAUUCAAAAGAAUCGCUCCCGCGGUUCUUUCUUCGCUGCUUCCGAUGCCGGUACGCUUGCUUCUGGCAGCUCUAUUGGCGGCAGCCUUUCCAGUCGCAACUCGGUGGUGAGCUCCCAAACCUCUCGCAGCUCUGCCGUGUCUCGCGCCACCUCUAUGUCCAGCCGCUCGACUACCGGCGAUGCAGCCACCAAGAAUGGCCUGACAAACGGCCGAUCGCGUCAACAAAGCGUAGGCACCGACUACAGCCGAUGA